UCUCUGUGUAUUUAUUACCUGUGCUCCUCUCUCCCUUCAGCUCUUACACACUAGGCUCCUGCCUUGCAAUUGAAUUCUCACAACUAUCUAAAAUUCUGCUUCAUCAUUUCAAAGUUGCAGGUCUGAUCAAGCAGCCACUUUACAUACAGAGAAAGAAGACUUUUGAGAAUGGCAUUGAGGGCCCUCUAAGCCCGGCCCCUGCCUCUGGCACGCUCUCUCCACACCUGAUGACCUCAGUCUCCAGCUAGGCCUGGCACCCUCGGGGCUUCCGACUUUUGCUCACUUGUUUCCCUCUUCCCAGUUAACACUUUGUUCAUGAAUUCCACCAUAACUUUCACAUCCCUUUCUUUCAACUGAGAAGCCACUUUUACUGUGAGAAUCAAGUUUGCCCUGCGUUUAUGCUAAUUCCAAAAGUGGUACCUUUUGUGUCUUAGAGAUUUCUUAAUCUCAAAACCAGUUAUCUGUGUUUGUCUCCUCACCUAAUUUGUAAGGUCCUCACAAGCCAGGUUUGUGUCUUGUUCAUCUUUUAUCUGCUUCGACACUACGCACAAUGCCCAGCACAUACUCAUGUUUAAUAUAUGAAGGAAGAAAACAGCACUGACCCAUCACUCGUCUUUAAAAGUUCCCAGUGAAGUUGAAAUCACCCUGAUAGUCUUGGCCCUGCAUGCUCUGGGUCUACCUUAAAGCCUUAGCUCUGACUACCCAACCCCACACGGGCCACGUGAUCACUUUGUUCCCUGGGAACUUGCACAUGGCCAGAACUUCACUCCUGCUAGACCCUCUAUCAGGAAGCCUCUCCCUCUCUUGCAUUCCCAGCUCUGAGAUUCCACACUUCCUUGUAACUUCAGAUGCAGGUCUCCUCGAAGCCUUCUCUGGUUCCCCAGUCACACUCUGAGCUCUGUUACAGCAUUUACAUUAAAUAAUCGUUUACAUACAUAUACAGGCCCUCAGUUAAAACCCACCGUCAUCAUUUUGUUUAUCCCUCACCACUCUGAACAUAGGCGUCUCACACAGAUGAGAACACCAGUCAGAGCGGCAGCGUGUGUUGAGUCACUUUCUCUUCAAGCCCUGCCCUGCCCUCCUUGGCCCGCGCCGGUUAAUGGGGGCGGGAAUAGAGAGCGGGUCGGGAUCCCAGCUGGCUGGGUCCCACCGCACCCCGGCCACGAGAGGGCGCAGUGUCCGCUGGCGGGGGCAUGCAGGGUGACGUCACGCCCUGGGCGAGGCUGGGAACCAACACACCGCCGUCUUCGGGAUCAGCGGUCCCCACGACUCAACCCGACUCGCUUUGCGCCUUCAGCGCGUGCUCCAAGUCCUCCAGCGUCCCACAAUGCCUUGCCUGACGCUUUCGCCCUCAGCCCUGGCAACAGCUGCGUAGCCGCCCACAGGGGGCGGAGACGCCACACCGCAAGACAGGGGCUCAGGAGAAAAUUUGUCCCUCUGCGCGAUCCGGCACUUAGAGGUCGUUGCUAGGCGCCGACGUCCGUUUCUUCACAUCUGAUUGGAUCUCAUCAUAGGCGAGGCGGGGGUUUUACCGCGGUGCGCAUGCGUGCAGCAGAGGAUGGAGGAAUCGGAACCCGAGCGGAAGCGGGCUCGCACCGACGAGGCGACUGCCACAGGAAGCCGCUCCGAGGCAGACGAUGAGGACGACGAGGACUACGUGCCGUACGUGCCGUUGCGACAGCGCCGGCAACUGCUGCUCCAGAAGCUGCUGCAGCGAAGACGCAAGGGAGCUGCGGAAGAGGAGCAGCAGGACAGCGGCAGCGAGGCGCGGGGAGAUGAGGACGACAUCCCGUUGGGCCCUCAGUCCAACGUCAGCCUCCUGGAUCAGCACCAGCACCUCAAAGAGAAGGCUGAAGCCCGCAAGGAGUCUGCCAAAGAGAAGCAACUGAAGGAAGAGGAGAAGAUCCUGGAGAGUGUGGCUGAGGGUCGAGCCUUGAUGUCAGUGAAGGAGAUGGCUAAGGGAAUCACGUAUGACGAUCCAAUCAAAACUAGUUGGACACCACCCCGUUACGUCCUGAGCAUGUCUGAAGAGCGGCAUGAGCGUGUACGGAAGAAGUACCACAUCUUGGUGGAAGGAGAUGGUAUCCCACCACCCAUCAAGAGCUUCAAGGAAAUGAAAUUUCCUGCAGCCAUCCUGAGAGGCCUGAAGAAGAAGGGCAUCCACCACCCAACACCCAUUCAGAUCCAGGGAAUUCCCACCAUUCUGUCUGGCCGUGACAUGAUAGGCAUAGCCUUCACGGGUUCAGGCAAGACACUGGUGUUCACUUUGCCGGUCAUCAUGUUCUGCCUGGAGCAAGAGAAGAGGUUACCUUUCUCUAAGCGUGAAGGGCCCUAUGGACUCAUUAUCUGCCCCUCGCGGGAGCUGGCCCGGCAGACCCACGGCAUCCUGGAGUAUUACUGCCGCCUGCUGCAGGAGGACAGCUCUCCACUCCUGCGCUGUGCUCUCUGCAUCGGGGGCAUGUCCGUCAAAGAGCAGAUGGAGACCAUCCGACAUGGUGUGCACAUGAUGGUGGCCACCCCUGGGCGCCUCAUGGAUCUGCUACAGAAGAAGAUGGUCAGCCUGGAUAUCUGUCGUUACCUGGCCCUGGACGAGGCUGACCGCAUGAUCGACAUGGGUUUCGAGGGUGACAUCCGUACCAUCUUCUCCUACUUCAAGGGCCAGCGACAGACUCUACUCUUUAGUGCCACCAUGCCUAAGAAGAUUCAGAACUUUGCCAAGAGCGCCCUGGUAAAGCCUGUCACGAUCAAUGUGGGGCGUGCCGGGGCUGCCAGCCUGGAUGUCAUCCAGGAAGUGGAAUAUGUGAAGGAGGAAGCCAAGAUGGUGUACCUGCUUGAGUGCCUGCAGAAGACACCGCCGCCCGUGCUCAUCUUUGCAGAGAAGAAAGCAGAUGUGGACGCCAUCCAUGAGUACCUGCUCCUCAAGGGGGUUGAGGCUGUGGCCAUCCAUGGGGGCAAAGACCAAGAGGAACGAACCAAGGCCAUCGAGGCAUUCCGGGAGGGCAAGAAGGAUGUCCUAGUGGCCACAGACGUAGCCUCCAAGGGCUUGGACUUCCCUGCCAUCCAGCACGUCAUCAAUUAUGACAUGCCUGAGGAGAUCGAGAACUAUGUGCACCGUAUCGGCCGCACUGGGCGCUCAGGAAACACAGGCAUUGCCACUACCUUCAUCAACAAGGCCUGUGAUGAGUCGGUGCUGAUGGAUCUCAAAGCCCUGCUGCUGGAGGCCAAGCAGAAGGUUCCACCCGUGCUGCAAGUACUGCACUGCGGGGACGAGUCCAUGCUGGACAUUGGAGGAGAGCGUGGCUGUGCCUUCUGUGGGGGCCUGGGCCAUCGGAUCACCGACUGCCCCAAACUCGAGGCUAUGCAGACGAAGCAGGUUAGCAACAUCGGCCGCAAGGACUACCUGGCCCACAGCUCCAUGGACUUCUGAGCUGGCUGUCAUCCCUCUUUCUCUCCAAGGGGCCUCCGUCCCUGGGGCUCCAGCCACCUCCCACACACCCCUGCCCCGUGGGCAAGAAGCCAGCAUCCUCGGCCCAGCUGGCCUGGGUUGGGCCAGGCUGGACCUGGCUGCCUGUUCCCUGUGCCCCCCAGAAUUACUAUUUUUGCUCCUCUUUAUCCCAGCUGCCAUUAAAACACCAGCCUUUUUGGUCUCA